AUGCCUGUCCUUCAUGUAGUGAUGCUCACGUUCAAGGACGAUAUACAUCCCAAAGAAAUCCAAUCUACUAUCACACGCAUGCUCAACCUGAAGACUGAAUGUCUGCAUCCAGGAACCGCGAGACCGUAUAUUAUUUCACUUCGAGGGGGUCGUGAGAAUUCGAUAGAGGGGCUACAGAACGGCCUAACGCACAUUUUCGUCAUGGAAUUUCAAACCACCGAGGACAGGAAUUACUAUGUCAGAGCCGAUCCGGCACACUUGUUAUUCGCGCAGAGUAUCGUGCCGGUUGUCGCUAAAACGCAGGUGGUUGAUUUUGCGGCGGGGGUUUGGUGA